GUCAAAGUGGCCUAAUAAAAUAUUCUGGCCAUAAACAUUUACACGACCGUUAAGUUCAGAAUUGAUAUCCACCCACAACCGGAAAAACGAGCACGAUGACAUAGUGGGUACUGCCUCUAUAUGAAGCCGUAGCCACAAAGACCUUGACUGGAUGACCCCCCAAAUUUUGGAAGUUCUGUUUGAGACCAAUGCCCACCUAUCCUGAAAGUUCCAUGAAGGUCAUCAUGCGCGUGCAGAAGGUCAAGAUUUUGUUGGGUUUUGGAGUGCUAGGAUUAUUAGUAGUUUUCAUUCAUCGCUGGACCUCAUGUGCUUCAACGAUGAUGCACAAUCAAAGACUAGACACCACCAUAGAGAAGCUGCUUGAACAGAAUGAAAAACUGAAGAACAGUGACUUAAUUCCCUACCACCUCAAAGAAACUACAGUACGCAGAAAUGGAUGCGUUUGUGAAGGAGACGCAUGGCAUCUUAAUGUCCCCUUUGGUGACUUUUUGUUUACUCGGGUUGGAGCUGAGGCUUUGCAUUCUGCGUUCAGAGCCUCUGAGAUAGAGGAAAUAAAGAAGCGCAGAAAGCACGAGUACGACAACUUCCUUGCAAGGUCACGUACAGCAGCAAACCUUCUUCUUAUUGCUGAGGCAAACGUUCCUCUUCAGUACCCCAUCCAGGGUGUCGAGGUCCGGCCUAAAAAGUCUACUUUAAUCCCUGGGUUGGGUCUGAAACUUAAGUCACGCAGAGUUUAUUCAGUAAAUUUAACUGCCACCAUGGGUACCUUUGAUGUUGCAGUCUUGGUGAAUGAGGUCAAUAUAAGUGGGGCAGGAACGAUGCACGUGAAACUCUCCAGUCCACAUCUGUCUGCACUGAACAGACAACUUCAGUUGGUCAUGUACACAAAUACAGUGUUUCAUCCCAAUACUGCAGACGUAGUGCAAUUUGGGACUGAUGGGUUCCAGGCAGCUUUCACCAUUAAAAUCCGCCAUGAAAUCACUCCUAAGCUCUAUGAUCCCGGACCCACUGGACCUAAAGGAGAAUACAACAUAAGCUCGCUUGUCACCAUUGCUACAAAAACAUUUCUGCGUUACGACAAGCUUCAGGAUUUGAUUGACAGCAUUCGAAAGUUCUAUCCAACGGUCACGAUAGUUAUAGCUGAUGACAGCGAGCAUCCGAAGCCUGUAACUGGCCCCUACGUAGAGCAUUACACCAUGCCUUUUAAAAAGGGCUGGUUUGCUGGACGUAAUCUCGCGGUGUCUCAGGUGACGACCAAGUAUGUGCUGUGGGUGGAUGACGACUUUAUCUUCACCUCGAACACGAGGUUGGAGAAAAUGGUAGAUGUGUUAGAGCGCACCAGUUUAGACCUGGUGGGAGGGGCAGUCAGGGAGGUGACAGGAUACACCGCCAACUACCGCCAUAUCAUUUCGACAGAAAAAGGUGGAGAAGACGGAGACUGUUUACACAUGAGGAGGGGCUUCCAUCAUACCCUUGAAGGUUUUCCUAAUUGUGUGGUCGCGGAUGCUGUAAUCAAUUUCUUCAUGGCGCUUACCGACAAGGUGCGGCAAGUGGGCUUUGACCCUCGUCUGGCACGGGUUGCACACCUAGAGUUUUUUGUUGAUGGCCUUGGUAUUCUUCAUGUGGGUUCCUGUGAUGAUGUUAUAGUCAACCAUGCAUCCAAGAUCAAAGGAAUGUUGCCGUGGGGACAAUCGGAAACCGAUAAGGCCUAUUCCAAGUUCCGUUAUGCCAACUAUUCAAGCAACCAGAAUGCUCUUUUUUACUUCAAGAACCACUUCAAAUGCCUGACCAGUAAUAACUAACUGUGAUCCUAAACUUUUUUGCACUAUUCAGUGUGCCUUGCCUAUUAAAUGUAUUGUGCCUAA